CUAGGAGGAGGGGAGCAGGGAUUGGGACUGCGGUGAUAAACAAACACACGCAGUGCUGUCGUUAGUGUUUUGUCGAGCUCUGUUGCUACACUUUGGCAGCACCGGCUGACUUUCAGGAGAGCUGACCUUCUUCACGGACCAAGCAUUAAAGUCAAGCCCGGGUUAAAAAAAAAAAAUCCAGGACUUUAUCUAAUAAAACCCCAGGAUUGGUGUCCCCUUCUUCCUCCCUCCCUCCCUCCUCCCCCUCGGUGUCGGCUUAUGUGACACAUUAACGUCCCGGGCAGCGAAACGAGCGAAACAUGACGGAGCUGAGAAAGCGAGGCGGAGGCGGAGGAGACCCUGACAGCACCGAGAAUAUCAGCGAUAAGGAGGCCGAUGGGGAUGACAGGCUGGGCUUGCAAGGUGAUGCAGAGGGAGAAUGUGAUGGGGACUCCAAAGCAGACACGCCAGAUGUUCCUCUCCCCACAGCAGACACAGACAACACUCCACAAUACCUGAACAAAGCUCUGGAGGGCCUGCCGCCCAGAUGGAAGAACUACUGGAUACGAGGAGUUCUGUCUUUAGCCAUGAUUUCUGGCUUUUUUCUCAUCAUCUAUAUGGGACCUGUUGCUCUUAUAUUAGUGGUCAUGACUGUCCAAAUCAAGUGUUUCCAAGAAAUCAUCACCAUCGGCUACAGAGUUUACCAUUCCUAUGAGCUGCCUUGGUUCAGGACACUAAGCUGGUACUUUCUGAUAUGCGUCAACUACUUCUUCUAUGGGGAAACUGUUGCAGAUUACUUUGGGGCUCUGGUGCAGAGGGAGGAACCUCUGCAGUUCCUGGCUCGCUAUCACCGCUUCAUCUCCUUCGCUUUGUACCUCGCAGGUUUCUGCAUGUUUGUGCUGAGUUUAGUGAAGAAACAUUACCGCCUGCAGUUUUAUAUGUUUGCUUGGACCCAUGUGACCCUGUUGAUUGUGGUAACUCAGUCCCACCUUGUCAUUCAGAACCUGUUUGAAGGAAUGAUCUGGUUCAUUGUCCCGAUCUCCAUUGUGAUAUGCAAUGACAUUAUGGCCUAUCUGUUUGGAUUCUUCUUUGGGAGGACUCCACUGAUCAAGCUCUCACCUAAGAAGACAUGGGAGGGCUUCAUCGGAGGUUUCUUCGCCACUGUAGUCUUUGGCUUUAUCCUGGCCUACCUCCUGUCUCAGUUCCAGUACUUUGUGUGUCCUGUGGGCGUCAACAGUGAGACCAAUGGGUUUACAGUUGAAUGUGAGCCUUCUGAUAUAUUUGUGAUGCACGAAUACACUCUUCCUGCUGUGGUACAAAACAUACUGAGAUGGAAAACGGUAAACCUGUACCCCUUCCAGAUCCACAGCAUCUUCCUCUCGUCCUUCGGGUCUCUCAUCGGGCCUUUCGGCGGCUUCUUUGCCAGCGGCUUCAAGCGAGCCUUCAAAAUCAAAGACUUUGCUAACACCAUCCCCGGCCACGGUGGCAUCAUGGAUCGAUUCGACUGUCAGUACCUGAUGGCCACCUUCACACACGUCUAUAUAGGCAGCUUCAUCAGGGGACCGAACCCAAGCAAGGUGCUACAGCAGCUGAUGAUGCUUCGGCCUGAACAGCAGCUCAGCAUUUUCCACACUCUGCACUCCCAGCUGAGAGAGAGGGGGAUGCUCCCCCAAGCUGCUGCCCAGGCUGAGUGAAAGACAGCCAGCUUCACAGGGUGAUGACUGCAGAGUGUGUGAUGGUUUGGAAAGUUUGUGUAAGCAUGUACACACACACACACACACACACACACACACACACACACACACACACACACACACACACACACACACACACACACACACUCUUAGGUAUGGCUGUAUGGUGUGUGAUCCCAGGCCUCUCUCAGAGCGUCAUCCUGCCGACUCUUCAUUUGACUUCCAACCAGCUGAUAAUCACGACUUUGAACCUGAGGUGACUCUCCAGUGUACGUGGAAUAACCUCGUAGUAAAAAACAACAACAACACAAUACCAACGACAACAAAAUAGGCGGCUUUGUUGCUUUCCACUUGGACCAGCACAUAAUCUUCAACACGCUUCACGAGUGAACAGGCCGUCCCCAUCCUAAAAACGUACAGACUGAAGAUAAAAUGUCUUAUCGAACAAAACGGACCCUAAAGCACAUGGCUUUCUCAGUGCAGGUGGACGUUGGAUGUGCAGUUUCCCUGUGGACAGACAAUAUUGCACUGACUUAAGCUGAACAAAAGGAUUUAAAAAGCUUUUUACCAGCAUAAACUGGGCCCAAAGUGUUGGGCACGUGGACCUGAGGUACAGCAAACAGACUGUUGAGACUUGUCUUUCUGGGGUUUGGGUGUGGGCGAAGCAAUGAUGCAGCAGGGUUGUCAGAAUACUACAGUAUAGACACUGUUUUAUAUACUAUGCUCUAUUUAAUGGUCCUAACCUCACAGCUUAACAAAACAUGUAGCAUGUACGCAAGUCCUGUCUUGGGCUACAGCUAACUUAGCCAUGUUUAUUCUCUUCUUCCACAGAGGGAACUUUAAGCUUUUAGGUUUCUGUCUAAAUCUAAAUAACUCGCACAAAUAAAGUCAAUCCAGAUUGACUGUAGGCAUGUUAACGCAAAAACUAGAGCAUCAGCACUCAAGUUAAUGUAUUGUACAUAAAUAUACUGAAGAUAUUUAGCUGCACAAAUACAUAAUACAUACUAUAACUAAAAAAAACACUUUUUAAGCUAUGAAAAAUGAUAUGCAAAAAAGAGAUAUAACUCAUUUGUAGCCUUUAGCAUGAACAAAUUAGAUUUUUAUGAGGUGGGAUGUAGAUUUGAUCCGAGGUUGCUGCUCAUUUAGAGGGUGUGCUGGUUGAACCUAUAAAAGAGAUUGGGGGAAAAAAAAAAAAAAAGUAUUUAAAGGAAUAGUUUGACAUUUGGAAAAUACUCUUAUUGUUGGCGAGAAUUAGAUCAGAAGAUCGACACCAAUCUCGUGUCUGUGUGUUGGGUAUGUAGCUUGAGCCGUGAGUUAAAGUGCUCAUAUCAUGCUCAUUUUCAGGUUCAUAAUUGUAUUUAGAGGUUAUAUCAGAAUAGGUUUACAUAGUUUAAUUUUCAAAAAACAUCAUAUUUUUAUUGUACUGCACGUUGCUGCAGCUCUUCCUUUCACCCUGUGUGUUGAGCUCUCUGUUUUAGCUACAGAGUGAGACAUCUCACUUCUGUACCAUCUUUGUUGGGAAUCGCACAUGUGCAGUAGCUAGGUAAGGACUACCAGCUAGUCAGUUGCAGAGCAGGAGGGAGUGUCACCCUAGCAGCGAGGCGAGCAUUAUAACGUGUGUUACAAAGUGAGGUACGUUCGUCACGGAAGUAAAGGCUGGACUACAAUAGAGCUGGUUGUGAACAGUGUUUUCUGUUGGAGAUGGUAAGUCCCCUUGGGGUGGACUUUGAGCUUUUUCACUUUGUAAACCUAUAAUAUGCACAAAAAAGAUAUAGAACACAAUAGGGAAAUGGAAAAAGCCAAAAAACAUAAUAUGAGCACUUUAAAGAUUGGAAGCCUGGUGAAACAGCAAAAUUCUAAAAUCUGCCUACCAACACCUAUAAAGCUCUUAACACAAUGUUGGUGAACGACAGUUGCGUGCACUAACCUCCCGUAGUUGUCACAGUGACGACCAAACGCGUGCAGCUACCUUGGAUGCUACGGACUACGUUGGAAUGUGAAUGAUCACAAAUUGAUUAUCUGUUGUUCAUCAAGAAAGAUACACCACAUCUAAAACUUUAAGUUGUAAUUUUUACAUGUUUGUUUGUGUACGGAUUAAACAAACAAUUUAUGUGU